CCGAAGCCCACCUACCCUGGAUGCCUCCAGACGGAGCCUGGGAGUGUCAAGCUUGUCCAGGAAAGCUUCCUCAGGGAAACAGGGCUCCGUGGAGGUGAGGCCAUGGACCCCGGGACCCCAGGUCUGACCUGCCAGCACGUGUCUGACAUGCCUGGGGCUCCCAUCCUGCCCGAAGGCCCCAGAGAGGCCACACACCAGCAUUCGGGGCCAGAACCUGAGGAUGCAGACGGCAGCCGCUGCGGCUCUGAGCUGCUGGAGCGCCAGCUUCUGGGAGAACUGACCCAGGAGGGGCCGCCUCUGAAGAGGGAGCAGGGCAAAGAGAGGCUGGGGGGCGAGGAGGUGGAUGAAGACCGCGACACUGAUGAGUCCUCUCCCCAGGACCCCUUUCCCUCCCAGGUCUCCCCACGUCUGCAGAGCCCCACCACCCGAGGCGGGCCAACCCCCGAGGCGGUUUCCGGAGAAGCCCCUGGGAUCCCUGGUUUCCCAGCCAAGGGUGCCAUCCCCCUCCCUGUCGAUUUCCUCUCUAAAGCUUCUGCAGAGACCCGGGUCUCAGAGCCCGAUGGGCCCGGGGAGGGACCCCCAGCGGAAGGGCACGACGGGCCCCCCGAGUUCAUGUUCCACGUGGAAAUCAAAGCCAAUGUGCAGAAGGAACAGGGACCUUCGGAGGUGGAUUUGGAAGGGGCUGCACUUCCUGGGGCCUCUGGAGCAGAGCAAGAGCCCUGGGGCCCCUCUGAGGGCAAGGACACAAAAAAGACUGACCUUCCAGAACCAUCUGAAAAGCAGCCUGCAGCUGGUCUGCCGGGGAAGCCCGUCAGCCGGGUUCCUCAACUCAAAGCUCGCACGGGCAGUAAAGGCAAAGAUGGGGCUGGACCCGAUGACAAAAAAUCCAAGACAUCCACACCUUCCUCUGCUAAAACCCUGAGCAGUAGGCCUUGCCUUAGCUCCAAACGCCCCACUCCUGGUAGCUCAGACCCUUUGAUCAAACCCUCCAGCCCCGCCGUGUGCCCAGAGCCAUCUUCCUCUCCUAAACACGUCUCUUCUGUCACACCCCGAACUGGCAGUUCUGGAGCAAAGGAGAUGAAAGUCAAGGGGGCGGAUGGUAAACCUGGAACGAAGAUCACCACACCCCGGGGAGCGGCCCCUCCAGGCCAGAAGGGCCUGGCCAACGCCACCCGGAUCCCAGCGAAAACCACGCCCACCCCGAAGACCCCGCCGGGCACUGGUGAAUCUGGGAAAUCUGGGGACCGCAGUGGCUACAGCAGCCCCGGCUCCCCAGGUACUCCGGGCAGCCGCUCCCGCACCCCUUCCCUGCCGACCCCACCCACCCGGGAGCCCAAGAAGGUGGCAGUGGUCCGCACUCCACCCAAGUCGCCGUCUGCAGCUAAGAGCCGCCUGCAGGCCGCCCCGGGGCCCAUGCCAGACCUGAAGAACGUCAAGUCCAAGAUCGGCUCCACGGAAAACCUGAAGCACCAGCCGGGAGGCGGGAAGGUGCAAAUAGUCUACAAACCAGUGGAUCUGAGCAAGGUGACCUCCAAGUGUGGCUCAUUAGGCAACAUCCAUCAUAAGCCAGGAGGUGGCCAGGUGGAAGUAAAGUCUGAGAAGCUGGACUUCAAGGAGAGAGUCCAGUCCAAGAUCGGGUCCCUGGAUAACAUCACCCACGUCCCUGGCGGAGGGCAUAAAAAGAUCGAAACCCACAAGCUGACCUUCCGCGAGAACGCCAAAGCCAAGACCGACCACGGGGCGGAGAUUGUGUACAAGUCGCCCGUGGUGUCGGGGGACACGUCCCCACGGCACCUCAGCAACGUCUCCUCCACCGGCAGCAUCGACAUGGUGGACUCACCGCAGCUGGCCACGCUCGCCGAUGAGGUGUCCGCCUCCCUGGCCAAGCAGGGUUUGUGAUCAGGCCCCCGGGCGGUCAGUAAUCGUGGAGACAAGAGAGUGAGAGAGUGUGGAAAAAAAAAGAAUAGUGAUCUGGCCCUUCGUCCUCUGCCCUCCCCCAGCUGCUCCUCACAGAUCGGUGAAUCACGUAACCUGCUUGUCGCUCACCUCUGGCUCGGGACUUCCAAAUCGGUCACGGGAACGAGAGCCAAGUUCAUCUUUCCAAAUUGAUGGGCGGGCCAAUCAUAAUAAAAUAUUUUUAAAAACCUUUAAAAGGAUGGCCCUACCCAGAAUUUCCUUGGGCAGUUACUUUCGAUUCUUUUUUUUUCCCCCCUCUGAGUGCAAGAGGGAGGAGGAGAGGCUCUGAAAGCUGCUUCUGGGGACUCUCAAGGGCCUGGGGGUGGGGGGCGCCCCACUCUGGGGGUGUCACAGAGGCAGCAGCGGCAACAAGGGACU